GGCGCGAAGACCACGUCACAAGUAAAUGCAAGAAACGCGGACAAUAAAACUGGGAAGUGAAAUUACCGUCGUCAACAGUUGCUGGAUCCUCAUCAACACUCGCCUUAAUCUCACCCUUUUUUUCUCUUCACUUUCUUGAUUUUCUAAAUCACAAUCAUCUUCUCUUCCUAUAUAUUAUCUCCACCUGCUUACACUAGCAGCUAGCCAUGAUUGGCAAAGAAAUCCUACACAAGAUGAAGGAAAAGGUUGGAUUAGGUUCUUCUCCAGAUUCUGGGAAGGGCAAGAGUAAGAUUUCGAAGCGCAUAACACAUGGCUUUCACUUAGUAAAGGGGAAAUCACAUCAUGACAUGGAAGAUUAUGUUGUUGCUCAAUUUAAGGAAGUCGAUGACAAUGAACUUGGUUUAUUUGCAAUAUUUGAUGGUCAUCUCAGCCAUGUUAUUCCUGAUUAUUUGCGGUCUCAUUUGUUUGACAAUAUCUUAAAGGAGCCAGACUUUUGGACACAGCCAAAAAAUGCUAUGAGGAGAGCAUAUUGUAUUACUGAUACUACAAUUUUGGAGAAAGCCGGUGAUUUGGGUAAAGGAGGUUCAACGGCUGUCACGGCUAUACUAAUUAACUGUCAGAAGCUGGUAGUAGCAAAUGUAGGUGACUCACGAGCUGUUAUCUGCAAGAAUGGUGUUGCCAAACAACUCUCAGUUGAUCAUGAGCCAAGCAUGGAAAGGGAGGAAAUCGAGCACAGAGGUGGCUUUGUGUCAAACUUUCCAGGGGAUGUCCCACGUGUUGAUGGACAGUUGGCAGUGGCUAGGGCAUUUGGUGACAAGAACUUGAAGGAACAUCUGAGUUCAGAACCAGAUGUUGCAAUGGAGAUGAUUGAUGAUGAUACAGAUUGUAUUAUCUUAGCAAGUGACGGGCUUUGGAAGGUGAUGUCCAACCAAGAAGCAGUGGACGCCAUCAAGAACAUAAAGGAUGCGCUGUCUGCAGCAAAGCGGCUUACUGAAGAAGCACUUAAUAGGAAGAGUUCGGACGACAUUUCUUGUGUGGUCGUGAAAUUUCAGUGAGCUCACUCCAGAUUCCUCCUCUUGCUCAUGUUUGAUAAGAAACUCUCAGAGGUGUGUAAUACUGUAAUUAGCCCUGGUACAUUAAUAACUAUCAUGCAUGUUUUCUGCUACAUUAGUAGCUGGUUAUCGUGUUCUGUUGCAAGUAGAAUGAAGUAGACCUGCUUGGUAUCAUUGUGCCUAUAAUAUAUAGUUCAAGGGAGUAGGGAUGUUUGAAUGGUUUGGCAAACCGUCUCUUUGAUGCCAGCCUCAGCCCUCAAAGGAGGGGCUGCCCCAACUACUGUGUCUAAUGUUACCUUGCUACCAAAUUAUUAUAUUAUUAUUAACAAAAGAAGUUAUAGUAGGGUGGUGUUUUACUGUA